GGCAACACAAGGAUGCAAGCUUAGGUUAAACCUCAAAGAAGAAGAGGAAUAGGACUCUCACUUUUUUAGCUCACAAAACACAGCUAUUGCAAGAUAGUGCGAUGCUGUUGACACAAAGAUGACCUGCAUGACCCUGCGCCUAUGACCGACAGAGAACAUCUAAUUUAGUUGGUCAAACGCGAGGUUCAACACAGGGAGACCCAUGCUUUCUGAUGAGCUUGACUCCAAACCAGAGCUGCUGGUGCAGUUUGUGCAGAACGCGUCCAUCCCCUUUGUGCAGGGUCUGGAGGAUUUAGAGUCCAAACACUCCUGCCUGCCCCUGCUGCCUCCAGCUGUCAGCUCGCUGUGCAGCCCGCUGGAGCUCACAGAUGGAGGCCUGAGCCAUGUGCCUGAGAGGUCUCCCUCCCUGUCAGAGUUCGGAGGAGUGUCAGUGCGAAGCCCAUUAGUGAUCCAGACACACAGUCACCAACGGGCCUCCCCCAGCCCCCCGCCCAUCCUCCAUGACCUACAGCAGUCCGACAGCACUUCCUACGUCCUACUGAACCUUGCCAAAGCCUCCUCAGAGUCCCUGAUCUUCGCUGCAGACGGCGCCGGGGACGAUGACGAUGAGGUGGUCUCGUCAGGGGACUACGGGAUCGACGGCAGUGCUCCCUGGUAUCUGCGGGUGCAGGAGCUCGCACACGACAGCCUGAUCGCCGCCACGCGGGCACAAAUCGCGAGAGAUGCCCGGGCCUGCCAGGACGCCAGAGCUGCAAGUGUCAGCAAUGGCGACCACACGCACGGUUCCCCGGCAGACGGGGACAAGCGGGAGCUGCCGACUCGGACCAGCCGCCCCCUCUCCAAGCAGGUCCUCCGCUGCUCCUUCGAGGGCUGCUGCAGGACGUUCACUUGGCCGGCUCACCUCAAAUACCACCUGAAAACACACAGGAACGACCGGAUGUUCAGGUGCGGCGCGGAGGGCUGUGGGAAGAGUUUCUACGUGCUGCAGAGGCUGCAGGUUCACAUGAGGACGCACAACGGAGAGAAGCCCUUCACCUGCAAGGAGAAGAACUGUGGCAAGAAAUUCACCACGGCUGGAAACCUGAAGAACCACAGGCGCAUACACACAGGGGAGAAGCCUUUCCUGUGUGAGGCAGAUGGCUGUGGGCGAUCCUUUGCCGAGUUCUCCAGUCUACGGAAACACAUGCUCGUCCAUUCUGGUGAGAAGCCUCAUCACUGCGGAAUCUGCGGGAAGACUUUCUCUCAGUCGGGCAGCAGGAACGUGCACAUGAGGAAGAGGCAUGGAGAGGAGGGGCUCGGCAGUGAGAGCAGAGAAACAGGAGAGGCUCUGACACACAGCAGCCUGCUGGAGGCCGACGGCGAGAAUGGAGACACUAUGGUCACCAUGACAACGGCUGUGGAACCCAUGAAUCUCCACCACGCCAUGCUGAGAUCACCAGGCUCCGCGGAUUCGGUUGUUGUCCUCUCUCAGCCCCAUGAAUUGGUGACCAUGGCGACCGAAGGGCAUGCGUACGGAGAAGAUGUGGUGGCGCUGCUGUAGCCUGCCAUCGUGAGAAAUCAUCGACACGCUGAACGUCUCUGUGUAAAUAGACCAAUCGCUGACGCUCACCCCCUUGUAGAUAUUUGUAAUUAUCCACCGAUGAUGCUUUUAUUUUGAAAUGGCAAAGUUUGUACAAACAACCUUUUUCCUCAUGUUUUUUGUUUUUAACAAAUACUCCCAAAGAAAUAAUGAGACGGGUUUAAAAGUUUAUGAAAA